CUGCUUUUUCCACUAUUAUAACCUUGACUCGUUUUUAAUGAAAAGAAGCAUACAUAUUUGGAUACUCACUUUUGCCCAUUUAUAACACCAGAGAGAGAGAUAUAGGGAUAGGGCGAGAGAGAGUUAUACUAAAGAAACUUGAAGGAGAGGAGGUUCUGAGUGAGAUAGAAGAAGGAAGAGAGAGAGAGAUGGGUAAGAGUAGUAACAUAGUUUUUGAUCGGAUUAAAGAAGAACGGCAGAUGUUGAGCUUUUUCAAGAUUUUUCAGAGGGCAGAUCUAUCCUCUGACUGCAUGAGAGCGCUUCCUUACAGCUUCAUAAGCAAAGUCUCUGAGAAAGACUUCUCUUACAAGAUGGUUAUAAGAGCGCAAUGGGGAAAGACAUGGGAUGUAGAAGUCUCCAAGAACCCGACAUACUACUACAUUGAGACGCGUGGAUGGGAUCUGUUUGUGAGUGACAAUGCUUUAGGACAAAACGAGUUCAUUACCUUCACUCACAGAGGAAAUAUGGUCUUUCAUGUCAACAUCUACGAGCAGAAUGGCUUAGAGAUGCGUAAACCUCGAAAAUUCCAGACGAUGGGUCCUUCUAGUGGGAUCAAGAAAGAAGAAGGAGAGAACAGCCUCAUAGAUGUGAAGAAGGAAGAGGAAAGUGAUGAAUCUCCGGGACGAGCUGAGUUCCUAGUUAGAAAGAAGAAGACUGAGGAUUCCAAAUCAUCAAAGAAGAAGAUGACGAGAAACAAAGUGAAGAAGAAGAGCAAGAGCAAGAGCAAGCAAGUGCUGGAUGGUGUUCCAGAGUUCAAAAUCACCAUAAGGAAAUCAUACCUCAAGUUCCUGGCAAUACCAAAACAUUUUGUGGAUGAUCAUAUCCCGAAUAAGUCUAAGAUUUUCACGAUUCGUCACCCGAAUGGUGGUUCAUGGAAGGUGCUUUGCUUGGUGAGGGAGAUUCGGACAAUCUUCUCAGGUGGAUACUCGAAAUUGGCAAGAGAGUUCCCUUUGAUGGUUGGUGACAAAUGCACCUUUAAGCUUAUCAAACCCUUCGAGUUUGUCCUUCUUACCUCCAAGAAGAACAGAGAGAAGAUGGAUCAGUGCAUGAUCGAUUGAGGAAUGAAUGUUAAGUGUCUUGCUUUCUUUCUCUAUGGAGACAUUUUAUGUAUGUUUUGCGUGCUUAUUAAUUUCGCUGAAACUCUUUAGCUUGUAUUUCCUGUAGAACUACUUAUGUCCUGAACUUCGUUGUAAGAUUGUUAUGCUAACAAAACUAUCUAUGUU